UAAACCCCAAAAUUCCGAUAGCACGUAAAGGCAGCAGUGUACAUAACACCUGAGUUAACCUCUGAGGUUAUUCAGUGACGGAGCCUGAAGACAGACAGGACGGAGACAUGGCUGCACUCUUCAAAGCCCGGAGAGCUCUCAGCUUGUGUCUCACUGGUUGUCGGAGUCUGUCUCAGCUGGCAGAGUUACCGGACACUCACCAGCUCCUCAGACAGACCUGCAGAGACUUCGCCGACCGAGAACUGAUCCCCAUCGCUACCAAACUGGACAAAGAGCAUGCUUACCCUGCCAAACAGAUUGAGGAGCUGGGGGCGUUAGGGGUGAUGGCCAUGGAGGUCCCGGAGGAGCUGGGCGGAGCCGGGAUGGACUACCUGGCGUACAGUCUGGCGGUCGAGGAAAUCAGCCGAGGCUGCGCCAGCACGGGGGUGGUGGUGUCUGUUAAUAAUUCGCUCUACAUCGGGCCCAUCCUGAAGAACGGGACAGAAGAACAGAAGAAGCAGUGGAUCACGCCGUUCACCACCGGAGAGAAGGUGGGCUGCUUCGCCCUCAGCGAGCCAGGUAACGGCAGCGACGCGGGCGCCGCCUCCACGGUGGCUCGUCAGGACGGAGACGAGUGGGUCCUGAACGGGACCAAAGCCUGGAUCACCAACAGCUGGGACGCCUCGGCCACCGUCGUGUUCGCCACCACCGACAAGAAGCUCAAACACAAGGGCAUCAGUGCCUUCCUCAUCCCCAUGCCCCACCCCGGCCUCUCUCUGGGGAAGAAGGAGGACAAGCUGGGCAUCAGAGCCUCGUCCACCGCCAACAUCAUCCUGGAGGACUGCAGGAUCCCACUGGACUACAUGCUGGGACCUCGCGGAGCCGGAUUCAAGAUCGCCAUGCAAACCCUGGACAGCGGGCGGAUCGGCAUCGCGGCCCAGGCUCUCGGUAUCGCCCAGGCGUCUCUGGACUGUGCCGCCGACUACGCAAACAAGCGCACCGCGUUCGGAUCGCCCAUUGGCAAGCUGCAGGCCAUCCAGUUCAAACUGGCCGACAUGGCCAUGGCGUUGGAGAGCGCUCGCCUGCUCACCUGGAAGGCCGCCAUCCUCCGAGAUGCAAAGCGACCUUUCACCAAGGAAGCAGCGAUGGCUAAACUCUCCGCAUCUGAAGCCGCCACAUUCUGCGCUCAUCAGGCGAUCCAGGUUCUGGGUGGGAUGGGUUACGUGUCGGACAUGCCCGCCGAGAGGCAUUACCGCGACGCUCGCAUUACCGAGAUCUACGAGGGCACCAGCGAGAUCCAGAGGCUGGUUAUUGCCGGCCAGAUACUGAAGGAGUACCAGUCAUAGAUGCACUUCUGUCUGAGCCUUUUGGUGCAAUGAUGUACACAAAAUCCAGACCUGGAGUCAGAUAAAUCCACAUCACCUAAAGAUAAAAGACUCUAAUACAAGCUGACGUGCAGCUUUUCUGCAGAGAUUCAGAGGAAAUUCACACGAUUGUACGUCUCGAGGGAAUCCAGGAAUUAAUCUUUAACACUGUUAGAAAAAGAACAUGUCUCUGCUGCUUCCAGUACAUCGUUUCAAUCCUCUUUGUUGGUGCACAAAGAGCAUAAAAAUGACAUUAAACAGUUUAUAUGUGACUUGUCUUCAGAGACGAGUCAAAAGCAACUUAUCUUGAUGGGAAAAAAAACACACUGAAAUCUAUUUUUUGUGAAGAAACAAGCUGUAAUUCAUCAGAAACUUUGUGAAUAUCUGGGCUUUCACAGUUUAGAGGAACUGUCUUCUUGAACCUCUUUGGCAUUAAAGUUAUACGGUCUUAUUUAUCUACAAUGAU